AUGAACGCCCUUGGAACAUCCAUUGACAGAAGGGCUAUUAGAUUCGAGCCCUGCUUCCUGGAAAUGACUACGGGCUACAUUAUUGCAGCUAAUCGUGGACUUAUCUACAUCUGGCACUUUCGGGACCCUCGCCGAUACCUUGGCCUUGGAUAUGCAGCCAUCAGUACCAGAUUCAAGGAGAAUGUGGAGAGGCACAGCCCGUGA